AGGCCGGCCGUUACCUUUAUCUUGUACCAACAGAACCGCUGGUUAUCAUACAACCAAAGCGCUCACAAAAAAACAGUCAAUGGCCACUCUUGCUUCCUCAUCCUCUCUGCUCCUCUCCUGUCCACCCUCCAACUUUUCUCCACCUUCUCUUUCUUCUGCUCCACGCCUCUCUCUCCCUUCUUUCUCUCACUCCAAUGCUCUCUCUUCCUCCCUCUCCAUUUCUCUUCCUUUUCUCACGUACCCCACAAGUUCUAAACGCUUUGCUCCCUCUGCCUUGAGUGUCAGGGCCAGUGCUACAGAGAAGAAAAAGGUCCUCAUAGUUAAUACGAAUAGUGGUGGGCAUGCGAUUAUAGGGUUCUAUUUUGCAAAAGAGCUUCUGGGUUCUGGCCAUGAGGUCACGAUAUUGACUGUUGGUGAAGAGAGCUCGGACAAGAUGAAGAAGCCUCCAUUUAACAGAUUCUCAGAAAUUGUGAGUGCUGGAGGCCGGACCGUGUGGGGGGACCCGGCAGAAGUGGGGAAGGUUGUUGGAGGGGUAGCAUUUGAUGUGGUUCUGGACAACAAUGGCAAGGACCUGGAUACUGUAAGGCCUGUGAUAGAUUGGGCAAAGAGUUCUGGCGUCAAGCAAUUUCUGUUCAUAAGCAGUGCUGGGAUUUAUAAGCCAACAGAGGAGCCUCCUCAUGUUGAAGGAGAUGUCGUUAAAGCUGAUGCUGGUCAUGUUGGAGUGGAGAAAUACAUUUCGGAUGUUUUUGGUGUUUGGUCAAUAUUCCGUCCGCAGUACAUGAUCGGAUCUGGCAACAACAAAGAUUGUGAGGAAUGGUUCUUUGAUCGAAUUGUUCGGGACAGACCAGUUCCAAUCCCUGGCUCUGGAAUGCAACUCACAAACAUCUCUCAUACUAGGGACUUGUCCUCUAUGCUUACUCUAGCCGUUGAGAAACCAGACGCUGCAUCUGCUAACAUUUUCAACUGUGUAAGUGACCGUGCAGUGACACUGGAUGGAAUGGCCAAACUAUGCGCUCAAGCUGCUGGUCGCCCUGUUAACAUCAUUCAUUAUGAUCCAAAAGCAGUUGGAAUUGAUGCAAAGAAAGCUUUUCCUUUCCGGAACAUGCACUUCUAUGCGGAACCAAGAGCUGCCAAGGACAUUUUGGGCUGGCGCAGCACCACAAACCUUCCUGAAGACUUGAAGGAGCGGUUUGAUGAGUACGUAAGGAUUGGAAGAGACAAGAAGUCCUUGAAAUUUGAGAUAGAUGACAAGAUCUUACAGUCGCUUAAAGUACCAGUGGCUGUAUGAUCAUUCAAACAUUCAGUGAGAUAUCUAUCCAUUCCACAAGGCUGCUAUAUAUAUAUUUAGUCCCCUUAUCUUGUCAAAAAUCAAUGUAUUCGAUAUUAUCAUUUCAAUACAUAAAAUGAUAUGAUUGAAGUUCUUA